AUGGCUCCGAGUCCAAUCUCCAUCCCCCUCUUCGCCGAAACCCAGCUCCAGCUCUUACUCCACGAGCACGAAGCCGAAGUCUCCUCCUCCUCACUCGCCACAACCGCCGCCUCAGUCUCACCAGCAACAAGACGAACUUUACAAGCAACCGGAAACGCUUUAACGGGUCUCAUUCUAUCACAAUGCCGGACAGGUCUUGGAGGUCGUGCCGUCGGUGAAUUCGCUCCCGAUCCAGCUAUCGCGUCCUCCGAGUCUACAGACGGCCAGCCUCAGCUUGGCUCCCAUGGGAUCCGAGUCGGUGAUGUUGUGCGCGUGAAUGAUGUCGCUGCCGGAGCGAAGAAAGUAGGCAAGGACAAGCCGAAAGAGGGGGCGGAUGCAAAGGGUCCGGAGGGCGUUGUUACGCGCGUUAGUGACAAGGCUAUUUCGAUUGCGUUUGGGCAACAAGGCGGUGGUGCUCGUUCGAAAGAGGAUGACGAGGCGAUUGAGGAGCUGUGGGGUAAAAAAUUAUGGGUAAUCAAGCUUGCCAACGAUGUUACAUAUAGACGAAUGAGGCAGACUAUGGAGAAAAUGGCUAAAAUGACUGAAGGAGAUCAUUCACAUUUCAUGCGUGUGGCUUUUGGUCAUACCACUCCCCUACAACUAGAUGAGCUUACAGAACCUAUCGAAUACCUUGAUCCGACCCUCAAUGACUCGCAAAAGGAUGCUAUUGAGUUCGCCUUGAGAUGCAAGGAUAUCGCGCUUAUUCAUGGCCCACCUGGUACAGGCAAGACACAUACUUUGAUCGAGCUGAUCAUGCAGUUCGUGCAACGCAAGAAACGCAUCUUGGUCUGUGGCCCGUCAAAUAUAUCUGUUGAUAAUAUUGUGGAGCGACUGGCACCGAAAAAGGUCCCAGUGGUCCGUAUCGGACAUCCUGCACGUCUUCUUCCCUCAGUCCUGGAGCAUUCGCUUGAGGUUUUGACACAGACAUCCGAUGCAGCCGGGAUCGUGAAAGAUGUGCGCAAGGAAAUGGACGAGAAACAAGCGAGCAUUCGCAAGACCAAGAGCGGACGCGAAAGGAGGGGGAUCUAUGACGACCUCAAACAUCUUCGGAAGGAGUUCAGAGAACGCGAAUCCAAGUGUGUUGAUAAUCUGGUUCGCGAGAGUAGUGUUGUGCUAGCAACCCUCCAUGGCGCCGGUGGGCACCAGCUGAAAAACCAGAAAUUCGACGUUGUCAUUAUCGAUGAGGCCAGUCAGGCACUGGAGGCCCAAUGUUGGAUCUCACUCCUGUCAGCUGAGAAGGUUGUUCUGGCGGGUGAUCAUUUACAAUUGCCCCCAACUGUGAAAUCAACGAAUCAAAAAUCCAAGGACACGCCCAAGAAAGAAAAAGAUGCGCCGGAGAAGGAAAUUCUCAAGGGCUUUUCAUUAGAGCGCACCUUGUUCGACCGUUUGUUGGCAUUACACGGGCCCGAUAUCAAGCGCAUGUUAACUACGCAGUACCGCAUGCAUGAGAAGAUUAUGCGAUUCCCGUCGGACGAGUUAUAUGAAUCCAAGUUGAUCGCUGCUGAUUCCGUCAAAGGCCGUCUGUUAGUUGAUUUACCGUAUGAGGUACGCGGGACGGACGAUACGCAGGAACCCCUUGUUUUCUGGGAUACGCAAGGAGGUGAUUUCCCGGAGAAGACGGAGGAUGCGGAGAUCAGCAAGAAGGAUACACUUCUUGGAGAAAGCAAAAGCAACGAGAUGGAGGCCUUGGUGGUUGCCAAGCAUGUUGAUAACCUUGUGGCUGCAGGACUGAGACCUGAAGAUAUUGCAGUGAUUACGCCCUAUAACGGUCAGCGGGCCCUCCUGUCUCACAUGUUGCGUGAGAAAUACCCCGAGCUGGAAUUGGGCAGUGUGGAUGGAUUCCAAGGCCGUGAGAAAGAAGCCGUUGUGGUCAGUCUUGUGCGCAGUAACGAGGAACAUGAAGUUGGAUUCUUGGGUGAGAAACGGCGUCUCAAUGGUAAAUCUCUCUUUGCCCCCACCCCUUGA